CACGAGGGAGCUUCAACGGGUGGCCUUCAAAUUGAACUCCCUAAUCCCUCUAUUUAUUAUAUAUUCAUCUUCUCUCUCUUCUAAUCUCAAGAAAUAGAGAGAGAAACAACCCAUUGAAUCUCAGAGAUGGAAAAUGGUAGAAAGAAUUGGGUAAAUGGAGCUAAUGGGCAAGAGCAUGAGACACCUUCUAAUAUCACCAUUAAAGGCAUUAUUGGGUUGUUAGUGGCCAAUAUUGAUGCUGAUGAAAAGAGGCGGGUCAUUUCGUUGGGUAUGGGUGACCCAUCUGCCUAUUCAUGCUUUCACACCACUCCUGUUGCUGAAGAAGCUGUUGUACACACUCUUCAAUCUCAGAAGUUCAAUGGUUAUGCUCCCACUGUUGGUCUUCCUCAAACCAGACUGGCAAUUGCAAAUUAUUUGUCCCGGAAUCUUCCAUACAAGUUGUCACCUGAUGAUGUUUAUGUCACAUCUGGUUGCACGCAAGCUAUCGAUGUAUCACUAUCAAUUCUAUCCCGACCUGGUGCAAAUAUCUUGCUUCCAAGACCAGGGUUUCCCAUAUAUGAACUUUGUGCUGCUUUUAGACAACUUGAAGUCCGGAAUUUUAAUCUUCUUCCUGAGAAGAGCUGGGAGGUUGAUAUUGAUGCCGUUGAAGCUCUGGCGGAUCAUAAUACCGUUGCAAUGGUAAUCAUAAAUCCCGGUAACCCAUGUGGCAAUGUCUACAGUUACCAGCAUUUGAAGAAGAUUGCUGAAAUUGCGAAGAAGCUUAAAAUUCUUGUAAUAGCUGAUGAAGUUUAUGGGCACCUUGCUUUCGGAGAUAAACCUUUUGUGCCUAUGGGAGUUUUUGGGACAGUUGUUCCUGUUCUUACACUAGGGUCUUUAUCAAAGAGAUGGAUAGUGCCCGGUUGGCGACUUGGUUGGUUUGUGACAACUGAUCCCACUGGAAAUUUCAAGCACCCAAAGAUGGUUGAGCGCAUUAAGAAGAUCUUUGAUAUUUGUGGAGGUCCUGCUACCUUUAUACAGGCAGCGGUCCCUAAUAUUUUUGAGCAAACUGAAGAUGUUUUCUUUAAGAAAACAAUCAAUAUACUGAAGCAGACCUCGGAUAUUUGUUCUGAUCUGAUAAAGGAUAUCCCUUGCAUCACUUGCCCGCACAAACCAGAGGGAUCCAUGGCCGUAAUGGUGAAGCUAAAUCUUUCGCUGCUGAAAGAUAUUAGCGAUGAUAUUGACUUCUGUUUUAAGCUGGCCAAAGAGGAAUCUGUGAUCAUUCUUCCAGGAUUAGCUGUGGGUCUAAAAAAUUGGCUCCGGAUCACAUUUGCUGUUGAACCAUCUUCCCUCGAAGAAGCUUUUGGGAGGAUAAAGUGUUUCUAUCAGCGCCACUCGCAUCAACAGAAAGAACAUUAAUAAUUUAUGCUAAUUGUGUAGGAGGCAAUCAAUAAUUGCUGCUGAAAUCGCGCUUUUAAUUGUAUAGCCAGUUUUAAUAAUUGUACAUUGUAAUUGCAGUUCCCCACAGCUCAAUUGUAUUGCAAUGACAUACAAUAAUUGUUUUCCAAUAGUUGGGACCAUAUUAUUUUGUUGAACAUCAUGCACCAUAAUAUGGGAACUUGUACAAGUUAUGAAUCUUAUAAAUGAGUCGUCUUGCUUGUACGUUGAA